AUGGUCAGCCCCUUGGGGUCCGAUAAGGGGCCCCUGGGCUGCUGCUGUUUAUGGCCUCAUUGCUUCUCCACAUACUGCUAUCCCAAAGGACAUCUGGGUGGAGGCCUGAGAAGGCCUUGCGCAAGAUAUCUGUGCCUAGUCCUCAUGGCCAGCUGAGGCCUAUGAUCCCCCGAAGUACCCCUUUCCCAGUGCUCAGCCCAGCAUUCUGGCAGGAAGGGUUCCGGUGACCACUGUCCUGGCCAGUGACAUUGGCUGUCACUGUCAAUCUGCACAGGGGCAGCCUGGGGACCCUCAGUGGUCUGCCAGCAGGGACACAUGUGACAUUACCCACAAUCCUUGUAUCUAGGAUCAGGGCCUGGAGCUGCUCACUGAUAGACAGCGAGAAGGAAGGCACUCCUGGCUCUGAAGGUCCCCUUUCCCUGGACCUUCUGCAGCCCUGGGUUUGACCUCUGUCCAGCCCUGCCUCCUGCAGGGUGGAAUGUGGUGUGUGGAGACAGUGGGUGUUAAGGGAAAGUUAGGGACACACUAUGCCCCAACCUCACAUAAGCUCUUGGAACGGUUCUCAAGGCUACCAUCCAGGCGAGCACUGUGAAGCCCACUUUGCCGAGGUCACCCCAGUAAGUAUGCCUGGCUGAGUCUGGUGGUGGGCAUGCUCCUCCUGUCAAGAUUGGGCCUGUGCUAGAAAACCAGAAGUUUCCAGGCUUAGGGGACCCUGUGCUCGUCACUGACCAGCCAGUAGGCAUGUGGCUGCCCAGGACGAUUUUGAAGGAUGAACAAAUGAUGGGGAGGGGAUCCAUGGCCUGGGUUCCAGGAGGUCAGGCCUGUGCCUGGACCCGAGGCAGAGUGCCCCAGGGUACCCUGGGACAGGCUGCCUUGCCCUUUGUCUGUACUAGGCAGGGCAAAGCUUAGGCAUGAGAGAAACCACCCCAUGCUAUUCAGAGCCCUGCUCGUGGGAUCCCAGCCGACACCAUUGCCUACCCCUUGGGACCUUCCUAAGCCCCUGGAUGUCAGCCUCUGCCCAGCUCCCUGUCCCACACAGGAGGAUGGGGACCAGGGUGUUUGGAAUGCCGUGGCUUGACCUUUGGUCAGAAGAAGCCAGGCAGGUGGGAGCUGAGCCUGGCCAGGGGCCCUUCCUAGGGACACUUUUACAGCCGGAUGCUUGGUCCACCGUCCCAGGCUGGGGCCCGACCAAGGGACUGCAGGCACAAAAAGGUCCAAGCCCCUCCCAGUCAGAGGCAAGUCAGUGGGGCCACUGCGGGCCAACACCUGGACAAAGUCCCCACCAGGGCACACAGCCUCUGCCACUGGACCUCACUCCCUGUAGCCUGGCCAUGCAGCUGCCCACCGACCUCCUGCCUGCGCUGGUCCUGUUCACAGCACAGUCCCUGGGCAGAGCCUGGGUGCCUGGUCCCUGCAGGAGCCCCACUGAGGCACAGUGCAACUUCCUGUGUGACUGCGGGGACUGCUCCGAUGAGACCCAGUGUGGUUACAACGGGGCCUUGCCCGGCCUGGGUACCUCCUUCACCUGCGACUUUGAGCAGGACCCCUGCGGCUGGCAGGACAUCAGCACAUCGGGCUAUAGCUGGGUCCGGGACCGUGCAGGAGCACAGCCCGAGCGGCCUGUGGCUCACACAGACCACACGCGAGGCACUGACCUGGGCUGGUACAUGAGCGUGGGAGCCCACCGCGGGAUGGAGGCCUCUACUGCUGCCCUGCGCUCCCCCGUGCUGCGGGAGGCAGGCCCUGCCUGCGAGCUGAGGCUCUGGUACCAUGCAGCCUCAGGAGAUGUGGCAGGGCUGCAGCUGGAGCUGACUCACAGUGCAGAGGCGCUGACCCUGUGGCAGAGCUCGGGACCCUGGGGUCCGGGCUGGCAGGAGCUGGCAGUGACCACCGGCCGCAUCCAGGGCGACUUCCGAGUGACCUUCUCUGCCACCCGCAAUGCCACACACAGGGGUGCUGUGGCCUUAGAUGAUGUGGAGUUCUGGGACUGUGGGCUUCCCACCCCGCAGGCCACCUGCCCCCUGAGCCAGCACCACUGCACAAACGCAGCCUGCAUAGAGCCCCACCAGCUGUGCGAUGGGGAGGACAAUUGUGGGGACGGCUCUGACGAGGACCCGCUCACCUGCAGCCAUCACACAGGCACCGACUUUGAGACAGGCCUAGGCCUGUGGAACCACUCAGAGGGCCCGGCCUGGAACCUCAGCACCGGUGGCCCCAAGGGCUCUGCCUGGCCACACAGAGACCACAGCCGGAACAGUGCACAGGGGUCCUUCCUGGUCUCCACGGCCAAGCCUGGAAACCCUGCCAUCCUCCUCAGCCCCCAGCUGCAAGCCUCAGGCUCCCGUAACUGCUCGCUCAUCUUCUACCACUACCUGCAUGGGUCCAAGGACGCCCGCCUUGAGCUGCUCCUGCAGAUGCAGGGCCCUGGCGCCCCUCAGGCCCCUGCCCUGCUGCGACAGCGACACGGGGAGCUGGGAGCAGCCUGGGUCCGAGACCGGGUGGACAUCUGGAGUGCCCAUCCCUUCCGGAUCCUCCUGGCUGGUGAGACGGGUCCUGGAGGCAUCGUGGGGCUGGAUGACCUCAUCUUAUCCGACCACUGCAGAGCACCUGUGGCCUGUCUGACCCGACUUCUGCCUGCAGGGGCACCGCUGUCUCCUGUACCUUGGCCCAAGGCGCCCCACCCCCAGCAGUCCACCCUGCAGGGCUCCUGUGAGGCAGGGCAGCUGGCCUGUGGGGACCUGUGUGUGCCCCCAGAGCAGCUGUGCGACUUCCAGCCCCAUUGUGCCCAGGGCGAGGAUGAGCACGAGUGUGGCACCACAGACUUCGAGGCCGCUGCUGCUGGGGGCUGGGAGGACGCCAGUGUGGGGCGGCUGCAGUGGGGGCGGCAGGCAGCCCAGGAGAGCAGGGGCAUGGGCAGGGCUGCUGCAGGGUACUUCCUGUCCCUGCAGAGGGCCUGGGGGCAGCUGAGGGCUGAAGCCCGGGCCCUCACUCCCAUCCUGGGCCCCUCCGGCCCACACUGCGAACUCCACAUGGCCUACUACUUCCACAGUCACCCCAGAGGCUUCCUGGCUCUGGCUGUGGUGGACAGUAGCUCCCGGGAGCUGGUGUGGCAGGCUCCAAGGAGCAGCUCCAGGGACUGGAGAGUGGACAAGGUCCUCCUUGGAGCACACCACAGGCCCUUCCGGCUGGAGCUGGUUGCACUGGUGGACUUGGAAGGCCCUGGCCAGGAAGGGGCUGGGGUGGACAACGUGACCAUGAGGGACUGCAGCCCCACAGUGACCACUGAGAAGGACAGAGAGGUCACCUGUAACUUUGAAUGGGAUACUUGUGGCUGGCACCUGGGCCACCUCACAGAUGUCCACUGGCGCCGGGUGGAGAGCCACAGUUCUGGGUAUGACCACACCACCGGGCAAGGUUUUUUCAUGCUUCUGGACCCCGCAGAGCCUCCUACCCGUGGCUACCAUGCCCACCUACUCACAGGGCCCCUGGUGCCAGCAGCCCCUGAGCAGUGUCUCAGCUUCUGGUUCCAGCUACAUGGGCCCCAGACUGGGACGCUGCGGCUGGCCAUGCGGAGGGACAGUGGGGAGGACGUUCAGCUCUGGUCUGCAUCAGGCACCCAUGGCAACCGCUGGCACCAGGCCUGGGCGACUCUGCACCACCAGCUGGGGCCCAGCUCCAAGUACCAGCUGCUAUUUCAGGGCCUCCGGGAUGGCUAUGAUGGCAUCAUGGCACUGGACGACGUGACCGUACGCCCUGGCACCUGCCCAGCCCCCUGGCGCUGCUCCUUCGAGGAUUCUGCCUGCAGCUUCUCCUCAGGUGGGCAGGGCCUGUGGAGACGUCAAACCAGCACCUCAGGCCCUGCCAUCCCAGGCCCCUGGGCAGACCACACCACAGAGACAGCCCAAGGGCACUACAUGGUCGUGGAUACAAGCCCAGACAUGCUGCCCCGGGGCCAUGUAGCCUCUCUGACUUCGGAGGAGCACUGGCCCCUCCUUCACCCUGCCUGCCUGACCUUCUGGUACCACCUGAGCCUGCGCAGCCCAGGCACUCUAAAGGUCCGAGUGGAAGAGGGCGGAUGGCACCAGACACUCAGCAUCAGUGAGCAUGGCGGGCUUGCCUGGCACCUGGGCAGCAUGGAUGUGCAGGCCAAACAGGCGUGGAGGGUGGUGUUUGAGGCAGUGGCUGCUGGUGUGGAGAACUCCUACAUCGCGCUGGAUGACAUCCUCCUCCAGGAUGGGCCCUGCCCUCGGCCAGGGUCCUGUGACUUCGAAUCCGGGCUGUGUGGCUGGAGCCAUCUGGCAUGGCCAGGCCUGGGCGGAUACAGCUGGGACUGGAGCAGUGGUGCCACCCCGUCCCGGUACCCCCGGCCCCCUGUGGACCACACUCUGGGCACCGCAGCAGGGCACUUUGCCUUCUUUGAGACCAGUGUGCUGGGUCCCGGGGGCCGUGCGGCCUGGCUGCGCAGCGAGCCCCUGCUGGCCACUGAGGCCAGCUGCCUCCGCUUCUGGUACCACAUGGGCUUCCCUGAGCACUUCUACAAGGGCGAACUGCGUGUGCUUCUGGUCAGUGCUGCAGGGCAGUUGGCGGUGUGGGUCGGAGGUGGACGGCUGAGGCACCAGUGGCUGGAGGCCCAGGUGGAGGUGACAAGCACCCAGGAGUUCCAGAUAGUGUUUGAGGCCACUCUGGGUGGCCAGCCAGUACAGGGGCCCAUCGCCCUGGAUGAUAUUGAGUACCUGCCCGGGCAGCGCUGCCAGUGGCCUGCACUGAGCCCAGAGGACACAGCAGUGAACGUGUCAGUGGCAGCCGCAGUCAGCGGAGCCCUCCUCUUCCUCGUGCUCCUGGUACUGCUCAUACUUGCGGGGUGGCACUGGUUGCAGAAAGGAAGGGGCUGGCCCUUCCGGAGGAGCACGGACUCUGCAGCCCCCGGUUUUGACAACAUCCUCUUCAAUGCGGAUCAAGUCACCCUGCCUGCAGCUGUCACCAGUGACCCAUAGAUCACCGGACCAGCCCCUGGCCCCUCAUGUGACACCUCCACAACUCUGCCACACUUUAGCCCAAGGCUGGACAGCUGUGCCGCCCAGGCCAGGCACCCCACUCACCUCCCACCCAGUGGGGUAGCUCGGGGCCCCGACCUCAUGAAUAAACAUGCCAACCCUCAAGGACA